AAUAAUAUUUAUAUCCUAUAAUAUUUAUAGCUGUGGCUGAUAUACAACUUAUUGUGUCAAAACAUUUUCACUAAUGUUAAUAUCCAGAGGAAAAUGAGGACUACGUUUAUAUGAAAAGGUGAUUACGCGCGGGUCCUUCACUUUCGUCGUAUGCCGUGCCGAGAGAGCGAGCGAGUCACCACGUUCGACGUGUUGGCUCUCUGUCGCAUAUAAAAUUCGUACGUAAGUGUGACAGGGAGGCAACACGUCGAACGUGGUUCGCGGUAGGCCUUCUGUAGUUUGUCUCAAACGUUGCCUAGGUUUGUUCGAUCAGGGGGCCUUCCGCGAAAACCAAAAUUCGCAACUUGCGGGGAUCUUUCUCUUUUACUCUCAAUAAGACGUAAUUACAGUGACAGAGAAAAAUGCCCGCAAUUGACGAACUUCGAUUUUCGCGGUUAUAGCCCAGGUCAAUUCUUGCAUUAAUUGCCUAUUACGUUACUAAAUUAACCGAAACUUAAGUCAAUAUCGUAAAUGCUUUAACAAUUAAUGAUCACAUCUAAUUUCAUUAAUUUGUUGAGCUGAUUUUACAAUUCUUUUAUAAUUACCUAUAGUAGCACCUUAAGUAUUCGCUUGAUGCAUGAUAGGAAUUAUAUCUGGCAAGAAUGUUUGCAAGUCUACUACUUGCGAUUGCGAUAGUUGCAGCGGCUCCCAUUCGGAAAGGUAUUAAAAACGACCCCCUUGUGUUCAUAUCGAACCCUGUGGAGUCCGAGUACCCUGGACAUUGGAUCCCGCAGAGCAUCCUUCGAGUAAUUUUAAACAGACCAAACGAUCCUUCUACAAAACAACCAUUGAAAAUUUUAUUUAACAAUCUACUUCAAUCAAAAUCAGGAAAACCAACUAAGUCAAAAAUCACUACUCGUACUCCUAGACCUACUUCCCCUAUUACUAAGCCUCGUGCCAUUACUAUAGUAGUUACUGAGAAAUUAACUAAGCCUACAUCACAAACAACUGUUACCAAAACAACUACUAAAGAAGCCGCACGAACUACAAUCUCAACAACAGCAUUAACAACAUCGCCACCAACAACGGUAUCAACAACAACAACGCCAACAACAACAACACCGCCAACAACAACAACGCCAACAACAACAACAACGCCGCCACCAACAACAACGCCAACAACAAUAACGCUAACAACAACAACGCCAACAACCACAACACCGCCAACAACAACACCGCCAACAACAACAACGCCAACGACAACAGCAACGCCAACAACAACAAUGCCAAUAGUAACAGAACCAAUAUCCCCGACAAAAACAAAAAGGUCAACGGAACAAUCAGAUUUAAAUACAGCUGGCGAUCAUGUCGGCGGCGGCAUCAAGACCAAUUGAUAUUGACACAUUGUUGCUGUUUCACAAACAUUUCAUAUAAGUCUACAGUUUUCACACGAUGAAUUUAGCUCGUAUGUCAGAAUUUGAAAUGCAUAAAUCUAUGGUUAAUUAAAAUACUUCCUUUUGGAUUCCGUUGUCAACUAGGAGCCGUUAUUGUUCCGCCAUGUCCGUCUGUUCGUCCGCGGGUUACUUGGGGACCAUUAAUUAGUACUAGGAAGCUAAAUUACGCAUUGCUGUAUACACAGUGUUUUUAUUGAAUUUCGUUCGCUUCGGGGUGUCGGUAAACUAAUACGUUUAAGGAAACUAAAUGACAUAAUCAAUUAAAACAAAAAAAGUUUUGUUAUUUA